ACAUUCGAAAGAUAGGGUUACCGUCCGAGUGCCUUCAUGAUUAAAAGUCGCUUGGCGGCCGAAUCCCGGUUGUGUAGAAUAUUUUUGUGCACUCUAUCACUAGAAAUAAUAAACGUUCUGAGAGUAACAGGCACCUUUUCAUCACGUAUCGGUCCAUUGUCGGUAGUUAUUUGAUAAACUACUUGUUACGGUUUUCCCGUAUUCAACUUUUGGAUGGUUAAAGACCGACUGCCUGAGCUUGAAGCUCGUAUAAAAAUCAGAACUGAUAAAAAUACCAGGAAAAAUGCAGAGUUUGACUUUUCUCAACUAAAUAUUGCUGUUUUCGAUCAGGUCAAUGAACUUCACUCUGAUAUUGAUAAUUUACGGCGAGAUAUUAAUGCAAUUGACAGGCUACAAAAAGAUAUACUGGCCACACCUCAACAAGAUCCAAAACUGGAUAGUCAGCUUACAGAGCUCACCAAUUCCAUCCGAGAAAGUGCUCAUAAAAUUCGGAGUUCUUUGAAAGAACUAGGGCAACAGGAAGAUGACAAACUUCUGUCAGGAUUAUCUGGUAAAUCUCGUCUAAAGUCGUCUCAGCAUGCUGCUAUUUCUCGACAAUUCGUUCACAUUAUGAACAAUUAUAGUCAAUUACAAGUAGAUUAUCGUGACAAGUGUAAGGCUCGAAUUCGAACCAAACUCCGUAUCGCUGAAGUUCCAUUUUCAGAAGAUGAAGUUGAGAAGAUGUUAGAAAAAAACCAUACGGGUAUUUUCACACAGGCUAUAAUGGCUGAAACAGAAGCUGCAAAGCGAUCAUUAUCGGAUAUCGAAGCUCGUCAUGCAGAUAUUAUACGGCUCGAGAAAAGUAUCCAGGAGAUGAAAGAGCUAUUCUUCAAUGUCGCUCUUCUAGUUGACCAACAGGGUGAUUUAAUCGAUCAAGUUGAAUACAAUUUGAAUAAGGCAUCCGACUGUGUUGUAAAUUCAAAGCGUACCCUUUCGUCAGCCGUAAUUAGAAAAAGGAAAAAUCGUCGCUACACAUGUUUUGAAGAAAUUAAAGUAAGCCUCACUUAUCAUAUACCUUGGAUUUAAACUCCGUGAAAGGGUCUCUUGCUUGUUUAUGGUAUCGGGUUUUUGGAAAACAACGGAAUGAACCAUAGAUUAUAAGAAUAACCUCUAUAAAACACAAAUGCUUGUAAUGCAAGGUAGCUACUGUAUCGUAUAUGUUGUGUAUUUCUUAUUGUUGUCCAUCUUUACCGUGACUUUGUUGAUGCUAUUGUUGUUGUUAUUUUUCUCUUUGUCACACUGCAAUUUAUGUGGAUUACUGUGUAUCAAUCAACUAAUCACUGGUUUAGUGCAAAAUAAUCUGUAUUAUAUUGGUUGUUGUUAUCGCCGUAUUGAUCCUGAUCUCAUUAGCUUCGGCAAUCGGUUUAACACGAUGAUCAACAGUUUAUUUAGUAUAUAAGGAUGAAGUUCGAAAACAACGAAUUUCGGUUUGCCAAAUUCCAUCGUCGUACUCUCAAUUCAAAUAAGUCAACGAUUAAUUACAAUAUUAAUAUACAUGAUGCGUGUGCAUACAAUCAUAUCUCAUUUACUUCUAUCUUGUUUACUGUGUACAGAAAAGAUGGGAAAAUGAUGCGCCACACCAAUUGUUCUUUUAAUUUUUACUCAUUUAAGAUAUUUACUCCUCUGUACAAAACCAAUUACGAUAAUCGCAUUGAUUAUCACAAUAAAUACUUUUAUCAUUAUC